AUGGCUUCUCUGCCAGCCGCCGGCGGUGCUGCAGGUGGCGAUUCUUCAGACCAGCUUUUGGUAGAAGCAGAUGGCUCAACACGGACACUUAUUUUGAAUAGGCCAAAGAAGCUUAAUGUACUCUCCUCCGCAAUGAUUAAGGGACUCCUCAGGUGUUUCACUGUUUAUGAGAAAGAUGACAGAAUUAAAUUGUUGAUUAUGAAGGGUAAAGGAAGAGCAUUUUGUGCUGGUGGUGAUAUUACUGGCUGUGUCCGGUCUAUACAUAACGGUAACUAUCUCUUUAGAAUUUGGAUAGGGGGUGCUGAUUUCUUCCGACAUCUAUAUUUGUUAAACUACAGAAUUGCAACCUAUAUCAAACCUCAGGUUUCUCUUCUUACUGGAAUCGUCAUGGGUGGAGGUGCUGGUGUUUCUUUACAUGGAAGAUUUCGAGUUGUCACUGAUAACACGAUUUUUGCAAUGCCAGAAACAGCUCUGGGUCUGUUUCCAGAUGUAGGCGCCUCAUAUUUUCUAUCUCGGCUCCCUGGGUUCUACGGGGAGUAUCUUGGUCUUUCUGGUGCCAGAUUGGAUGGCGCGGAAAUGCUUGCAUGUGGUCUGGCGACUCAUUUUGUCCCAUCAAAUAGGCUGCUAUUGCUGGAAGAGUCCCUUAAAAAGGUAAACACCUCGAAUCCUUUUGUUGUGGGUAGUACUAUCGAUCAGUUUGCUCAACAGCCAUCACUGAAAGAAAACAGUUCCUUGAAUAGGAUGGAAAUCAUCAACAAAUGCUUUUCUAAAAGGACAGUUGAGGAAAUUAUAUCCUCUCUUGAGGAAGUGGCCUCAGAUUUGGCUGAUGAAUGGGUUGCUGCGACAAUCCAGUAUUUGAAAAAGGCUUCUCCUACUAGUUUGAAAAUCUCUCUGAGAUCGAUAAGAGAAGGGAGAACUCAAACUGUUGGGGAGUGCUUGCAUCGGGAAUAUAGAAUGGUUUGCCAUGUCAUGCGCGGUGACUUCAGCCCAGACUUCUUUGAGGGAUGCAGGGCUGUACUAGUAGAUAAAGAUAAAAACCCAAUGUGGAUGCCUCCAAGGUUGGAACAAGUGCAUGACAAGGCCGUUGAAGAAUAUUUCUCAAGAAUUGAUGAUCCAGAGUGGGAAGAUUUGAACCUACCUGCCAGACGUUCCAAUGGAAGAAUUGUUGAGUCUAUGCUUUGA